AAUAGCCGCGGUAUCUACCAUAGCUCACCCCCGCGCCCCACCUCAUCCCGCGGCACUCUUCCGUCCAUAUCAACAUGCCCUUCACGCCCUACCAACUACAUUUCCAUAUCCACUCGUAACCGCCAUCCUCUUUUGAACGUUCGCCGCAUCUCUCCUCGCCAUUUCUCCGCCUUGCACUGCACUCACAACCCACCUCGCCGCUUCGUUCGACCCCAGCAUCCUUCAUCUUCCGCCGCCCUCUAGCCGCCUUUCUCCCCGGUCCUCCCCACUUCAUACUCUCAGCACACGCAAUGGCAUCCACCAGCAGCACGAGCACCACCACUCCCCAACAGCAGCUCCAAGAAUGGCUCGUCAUCGCGCCUGACCACGAGGGCGCCAUCGAGAAGCGCCUAGCGGUGCGGGAGCGGCAUCUAUCGGGGCUGAAGGAGGAUCCCGAGACCUUUUGGUUGUGGGGUGGAGCCAUGCUCGCCUCCCCUCUGGUUCCAGGCGAAACCCCCAAGAUGACCGGUUCCGCCAUGCUCAUCGGCGCCAAGACCAAGGAAGAGGUCAUCGAGCGGAUCAAGCGAGACAUCUACGUCACGAACGAGGUGUGGGACUGGAGCAAGAUCCAGAUUAUCCCUUUCAAGAGUGCGUUGCGGAAGGCGCUGUAGGUGGGAGCGUGGGAGGUGGGAGGUUGUGGUGAGGUGAUAUGAGGAAGGAGGAAUACGAUAUAUCUACCUACUACUGCGACGUAAAUCGCAAUGAAACCUGCUGCA